AUGCUCCUGCAAGCGACUCCGGGCGAGUGUGGAUCAAAACCGGCGUCCUGUGCGCUAGAACCACGCAAUUCUCACGUCCCAGAUUUCGAUGGCACUCACACUCACAUGCUCGAUUACGCUCCGGCUCCGGGAUGGACUGUUCAUGUUACCAAAGAGGGUCGUCUUUAUUAUUGCAAGUACAAAGAAAAACUAAGCAGCGCGAGAGCUCUAACGCGAAUGUAUGGGAUAUCCGUGGGCAUUUUGUGCAUUGAGGAAGAGGAGCAGGCAACUGUAAAGUUGAGCUUUAAAGAGGCAUAA